AUGGGUUCCGACGGGAGGACCGUCGGCACGGCAGAGGAGCUCCUGCUGCGCGGCGAGCGCUACCGCGACACGUUUGGCAGGAGCGAGAUCGAGAGCGUUCCGUUUUUGAGCAACAACGACGACAACGACGACGAGGAAGGCACAUCGCAAGCACCUUCCCAGCAGACGUGGCUGCAAAGAUGGGGACUGCGCCGCCCUGCUUGGAUGGCCUCCAGACAGCAGCCUCCACGGCACUACCAGCCGAUUCGCAUUGGCGACGACAGCGACGACGUCGACGACAAUGCCAGCACUCCGUCCGACGCGACGACAGAUGUUGAGGCCGAUGCAGGCGCCGACUACAGCUACAGCGACGAGCCGGCGGCAAGGGCACAGAACAAGCAACGACGACAAGAACGACGCGACAGUGACGACGAUGUUGAUGAGGACGACGCUGAUGCUGACGCCGAAUCCAACCCCCGUCGACGCGUCGCUGGCGCGGCCUGGUACCAAGCCCAACGGCCCGGCAGCGUCAUUGCCCUCGUGGCCGUCCUUCUCUUCUUCCUCGUCUUUGCCGCCACGCUGGCCCUCGUGCCCAUGUUGCGCCUCGUCGAGGACGCCAUCUGCCGCCGGCAUUAUGGCCUCAACUACGGCGACGAUGGCGGCAGCAACGCCACCGUCAGUGUCAACACCCACAAGCAGUUUCUCGAAAACGACUUCACGCGCACCGCCACCAACGGCACCGACGAGCGCCUCUGCAAAGUCGACGCCGUCCAGGCCGAGCUCGCCUGGCUCGGCGGCGUCGUUUCCGUCACCGAGGCCAUCUUCGGCCUUCUUGCCUCGUUUCCCUGGGCUCUCUUGUCCGAUCGCAUCGGCCGCAAGCCCGUCUUCCGCAUCUCGUUCAUCGGCGCCUCCCUGUCCUUCGGCUGGACAGCGCUCAUCCUGCUGCGACGCGACGUUCUGUCCGUCUGGUGGGUCCUGACCUGCGAGGUCUUUUUGCUCGUCGGCGGUGGCGCCGGUGUCGCCGUCACCAUCCUGCACUCCAUCGUCACCGACGUCGUCGUGGGCGACCGCGCGUCUGGAUUUAUUUGGCUGGCCGUUGGCGCCGUCACCGGCUCAAUCAUCGGCCCUGGCUGUGCUGCGGUGCUGAUGAUGACCGGCGGCCCAGACGGCGAGGGCCAUUCGGCGUGGCUGCCGAUUUGCCUGACGCUGUUUGUUUUGACUCCCAUCAUUUUGGUCCUGACCGUGUUCUUGCCAGAGACUCUGCCAAAGAAGGUGGCAGCCUCGUCGUCGUCGUCAUCGUCGCGGUCGACCGCCACUACGACGUUCUCCAUGUCCACCGCCUCGUUUUGGAUGGGCACCAUCCCCGCCCACCUGCGCGAGACCUUUCAGCAGCUCCUUAAGACGCUGGCCGUCUUGCGCCGGAGCCGCCCUUCGCUGCUUCUGCUGCCGUCCUACUUGUUCCAGCCCGCCAUCCAGAGUGUGCAGGGAGGCAUCCUCGCCCAGAGCGUCAGCAAACGCUUUGGCUGGUCGCUCGCCCAGACCGGCUAUCUCUUUUCCUUCCGCGGCGUCGUCACCGUUGUCGUGCUCAUCCUCAUUCCGAUCAUUACCAAGUACAUUCUGGUCGGGUCAGUCACGGCCGCCGCGCUCCACACCAACAACAACAACAAGAAGACGCGAGGCGGCUGCACAGGUCUUGGUAUGUCCGAGGUCCGCAAAGACUUGUUCCUUGCCCGCACCUCGCUUACGUGCCUCAUCGUUGGCAACCUGUUGAUGGCCACUGGUACAUCCUUGUCAACCCUAGUUCUCGGCCUCGUACUCUCCACCUUCGCUGUCGGCUUCGGCUCCGUCUUACGGUCUCUCAUUACCCACUUUUUCCUCGAGCAGCAAAAGUCGACUCCGACGAACAUUGCGGCUGCUGGUUCGGUCGCGACCACCACUGCCGGCGGCCAAGACGGCCAAGACGACAAAGACAGCAAAGACGACCACACGUCCCGCCUCUACACCCUCACCGGCAUGGUGGAGACAGCCGGCUCCGUCUUGGCCGGCCCGAUGGUGGCCUGGACCUUCUCGUCGGGUCUUGCCCUUGGCGGCGCCUGGAUCGGUCUUCCAUUUUUCUAUGUCACGGGCCUGUGUGUCGCCGCGCUCGUGUGUCUCGUCAUCAUUGGCGACGGCAGCCGCGACAGUGCUACCAGCAGUGGUAGUGGUGGCCGCAUACGGCUGUCGACGACGUCGGAUCCGCGCGAUAACGACCAUGAAGAGGUCGGCAGUGGGCAGAUCGCGUUACCUUAG